GAGAGUGUCUGUGUCUGUGUGAGAGUGUGUAUGUGUGGGAUUUGCACACAGACUCCUGAGCUGAUUAUCAGGCUGCACGCUGAUCCCCCAGCAGGGCUCUCUCCUACCCUACAGCAGAGAGGACAUUUAAAUUCUCAGCAGAGGGACAUUUAAAUUCUCAGCAGAGGGACAUUUAAAUUCUCAGCAGAGGGACAUUUAAAUUCUCAGCCCAGGGGUGUGGAGCAGCCAACAUGUUGCUCACGGUGCCUAUGGGACCUCUCUGAAGCCUGGGGAUCACUUUGAGGGUCGGACACAAGUCACCCAACCAACUGGGCACAUCCACCUAUUUUUGUUUUUUUUAGCGUGUGUCACCGCUAGUAUUUUGGUGGUGGGGAGGGUGUCCUACAAGUUUUUGUUUAAGGCUUGUGCUGCUGGUGGAGGAGUUCGGAGCAUGGGAAGUACAGUCAUGGACACCAAGAAGAAAAAGGAUCUGCCCAGGAAGCCCUCCAGCCAGAAGAAGAAGAUGCUGAGAGUCCACAUCCCUGACCUCAGUUCCUUUGCUAUGCCGUUUUUGGAUGGAGAUUUGGAUAAUGCAGAGAAAAAUUCCCAGCGCAAGGCAGAGGAGCCUUGUAGUACUGGAAGCCCAUCCAAAAGCUUUUACCCCCGAAGCCUCCAAAACCAGCCAUCGAGUCCGGUAUCUGCCCCGGUCAAAAUGAAGUGUAGCCCCGGAUCUCCCAAGACCGUCUUUCCCUUCCCAAAUCAGGAGUCCCCCCCUCGCUCCCCCCGUCGGAUGAGCUUCAGCGGCAUCUUCAGAUCUUCCUCCAAAGAUUCUUCUUCUCCCAACUCCAACCCGUCUACCUCACCUGGCGGAAUCCGAUUCUUCACGAGGUCGAGGAAAACCUCAGGACUCUCCUCCUCCCCAUCCACUCCCACACAAGUGACCAAGCAGCCCAUCUUCCCCCUUGAAUCCUACAAACAUGAGCCAGAACGGUUAGAGGCCAGACUGCGCUCUUACUCCUCACCUCCAGACACUGGACAGAGGUUUUCAUUACCUCACUUGCCCAUAACUGUGACAAAGUCCUCAGUCGUGUCAUCAUCCCUCAGCGCUACCUCAAGAACAGCUCAAAGCACCACUGAAGGCAUGCUGGAGAAACUAGAGCUGGAAGAUGAAGCUGUUGAAGAAUCCGAGAGUGACAUAUAUACGCGCUUCAUGAAAUCACACAAGUGCUACGACAUUGUCCCGACCAGCUCCAAACUUGUUGUAUUCGACACUACGUUACAAGUAAAGAAGGCUUUUUUUGCCUUGGUAGCCAAUGGCGUAAGAGCUGCUCCUCUAUGGGAAACAAAACACCAGAGUUUUGUAGGUAUGUUAACAAUUACAGAUUUCAUUAAUAUAUUGCAUCGAUAUUACAAGUCUCCAAUGGUACAGAUUUAUGAGCUAGAAGAGCACAAGAUUGAGACUUGGAGGGAGCUGUAUUUACAGGAGACGUUCAAGCCUCUAGUGAACAUUUUUCCAGAUGCAAGUCUCUUCGAUGCCGUGUAUUCAUUGAUAAAAAAUAAAAUCCACAGAUUGCCUGUUAUUGACCCAGUCAGUGGAAAUGCACUUUAUAUACUUACUCACAAAAGAAUCCUCAAGUUCCUUCAGCUUUUUGUGUCAGAAAUGCCAAAGCCUGCCUUCAUGAAACAGAAUUUAGAGGAGCUUGGGAUCGGCACAUACCACAACAUUGCCUUCAUUCAGCCCCACACUCCUAUUAUUAAAGCUUUGAAUAUAUUCGUGGAGAGAAGAGUCUCGGCGUUACCAGUGGUGGACGAGUCUGGAAAAGUCGUAGAUAUUUAUUCCAAAUUUGAUGUCAUUAACCUCGCUGCUGAGAAAACCUACAACAAUCUGGAUAUCACAGUGACGCAGGCCCUCGAACACCGAUCGCAGUAUUUCGAAGGAGUGGUGAAGUGCAGUAAGCCGGAGACACUGGAGACAAUUGUGGAUCGGAUAGUUAAGGCAGAGGUGCACAGACUGGUAGUCGUAGAUGAAGCAGACAGCAUUGUGGGAAUUAUCUCUCUCUCAGACAUUCUACAGGCCUUAGUGCUUUCCCCAGCAGGUGCCAAAAGGAAGGAGAGUGAAGCAGAAUGACCGUCGUGAAUGCAGAACGUAUAUAAAUAUAUAUAUAUAAUAUAUAUACAUUUUUUUAAAAAGAAGAACUUGAAUGAUGUUUUUGCGUCAAUCUUUCGCCUCAGAAACCCUGACUGCAAUAGACAAACACGACUGGACUGGAACGUGCACAGGACUGAUAGACUCUUGUACUGGCCCAAUGCGGCCACACGCUCAUUUACUGGUGGGAAAUGGUUGUUGGUUUUUUUUUUUUUUUUAAUUUUUGGCAUAUGGAAAAUGAGGCCCUUGUGCUUCACGUCUGACUUUAUGAUUGUCAUGUCACCUAAUAAGCUGUAUGCGAAGGCAUGCUCAUAGCAUAGUGCUCUGUAUCAGUCCAAAAGAGCUUUGCAUUAUGGGAUGCAAUGUCGGUGGGUUUGGGGAACUGGUGGGCGCAAAGCAAGACACUGUACUGAAUGUGAAAGGACUGUCAACUAAAGCCACAUUAGGUUUCAGUUAAUGUUAAACUUAUUUAGGUGUAUAAUGCAAUUGCCAGUUACCUGCAAAAGGGCCAAGAAUUGCACAUCUCUGGUUCACAGCAAGGGGGCGCUGCUGCACCUCUCUCUCUGCUGCACCUCUCUCUCUGCUGCAGCUUACUCAUCAGGCAAGGCAUAAAUACAUAGACAUAACAGGUGACGGCAGCAAUUGCUCGAUAGAUGUGGCUUUACGUCAGGUUCAUUGUUCAAUUUAGAGCCCAAAUAUACGAGACACUGAACAAUAAUACCAGUUAUUUAUUUUUACUUUAAAUAAAAAGAAAAAAUUACAAAAAAAACCCAAUUUUUUUUUUAUUUUUACACAGUUCUGGUGAACGAUAAAAGCUUUUUGCCAUAUCAUUAAUAAACUGUCUAUUGUUAGAAAAAAAAAAAAAAAAA